AUGGUUGUUUUCCCCGUCAUUCAAAGCCAGGCCAACCAAAAGGCGUUUCAUUGCUGCGAGCGAAUGGAGACUGUCUCGUUCUUGCUGGCUUCUGGUUGGUUUGUUUUAACCAAGCGCCCAAGGCGGGAUCCAACUGAAUCCUUCGGGCUUGGAGGCGAUUUACUGGGGAAAAUGUCUCCAUCGGAGUUCACCAAUCCAUGUUCGUUCCCUAGCGUUAAUUCUGUCAGAAACAGCAUUUCCUUCGUUAAAUAUUCAAUAAUGUCCCCGAAGUUCUUCUCAUUAUUAGGUACCUUUGGUCUUGCUCCAGCUGUAUACUCCGUAACUACUCCGUACGGAGUAGUUAUCGCUCGUUUGAUAAUUCUUCAUCUUGUCAUAUUAACAGUCAGAAGCACUCAAAGGCGUGAAAAGCGUUCACCCAGCUCCUCCAACACAUUAUCCUAUACCUAUUUAUCCCUGGUGCAUAGAGACUGGGAGUUGGUUUUGUUAGACUUAUCAAAUGAAGUCGGAGUCUUCAAGAUACCAACUAGCAGCAUCAUGGCUGAGGCUGCUAUGCAUGACGAUGGGCUCUCCCCUACCUCGAAGAAGAUACUCAAGGAGUGUACUGUCGAGUUGCCUGCUGCUGCUGUCAUAGACAGCCGUGUCUCCUUCGUUGCUAGGCCACCUAGCUCCGGCGCACAGGAUGCUGGAUUCUACUUUGCAAGGCCAACACUCCCAAGGAGGGCCUUUACUUCGCAUCCGCAAACCAGGUCUUCUAGGGCUACUAGUGAAGAGGACAAAUGUUUAUCUCAGAGCCAGGGAGAUGAUGAGAGGGCAUUGCCACCAGAUGCGUCAUCUCGGGAUGAGAUGGUUAUCGUCCUGGAUACCAAUUCUGUAGACAGAGCGAAGACCAAAUUCCCAGAGAGGGCCAGGACUGUAUCCCCUUCGUUAGAUAGGGUUACGCCUACCAAACCAACAUCAGAAAUCGUGCGACCUACUCAAGAUAUCCCACAAUCAAAUCUAUCCAACAAUAUAGAAAGAGCUGUUCCUAUUAAUACCCAGCAAGCUACCGAAGAUGAAUUAUUCAACCUGCUGAUACAAAAAUUAAAGAAGCGGGAAGAGACUGAAGUAGCGGCAUCAAAGUUGAUAGAUGAGCUAAAAGCAGGCCUCUGUACUGCAGAUGACCGCAACAAGCAGCUUACUAUUCGGAUAAACGAGCUAGACCGUCAGUGCAAAGAGCAGCAAAAGGAAAAAGUUGCCCAGAAACAGUCUGUUGAGCGGUGGAAAGUUAAAUUUGGUAAGAUAAGGGCCCUCAUGGUUGGAAUUGCAGAUCACCAAGAGAGGCUUCUCAAAGAGUAUCGAGCCAUUCGAAAAGAACAAGUUUCACUGAACGUGGAGAAGGAUCAAAUGCAUGACAAUCUAAACUAUCUCACCGAAAGCACCAAAGGGCUGGGAAAGACCAUUAGCCAAUAUAAGGCUCAACUAACUGGGAUCAUUCAUCAGUUCACUGCGGAAGAAGAUGCACUUAAAUCCCUCUUAAAGUCAAAGGAGUCCCAUCUUAAGGAAAUAGAGCAGCUAUUAGCUGAAAAGAACCAAGCUAUUGAAGAAGCAAAAGCCCUUGCUCGAAAAAUUGAGUCCGAAAAGUCUGUCCUCGAGUUAAACUCCAAGGAAGUCGAGAAGAGGAUACGAGAGGAGCUUUCUAGGGCAAGCUUAAUGUCCAAAGAUCAAGAGCGUGCUAGGUUCGAACAAGAAAGACACACACUUACUAGAGAAAAACAGCAAGCCGAAUCAGAGGCUGCAAAGUGGAAAGAAGAGCUAGAGGCUGUGAAACUAUCUUUGCAGAGGGUAAAAGAUAUUGAAAAUAAAUGUGAGGUCGUAUCUGUUGCUCAUGAACAAGCACUUUCUGCGCUUAAACAGUACCAAACUUCACAAGUAGGCGAGAAAGAGAACGUGCAACAGCAACUUCAAGCUAUUCAAAAUGAGAAUAUAAUACUGAAGCAGGAAAUUUCAACGCUAAAGCUCACCAGCAUGACUAUUAGGGGAGAAAACGUAACCCUAAAGCAGGAAAAUGCUACCCUACAACAGACUAAUAUAAUUAACCACGAGGAAAAUGUCUCUUUACAACAAAAGGUUGCAGAUACCAAGGCACAAUUAGACACUCUCGAGAAAGAGAAUGCAAAUAUUCAGGCAGAGAAACAAGAACGAGAGAAACAAAUUACGGAUCUCAGCGCAAUCAAAGCUACUAUUGAGGCAGAGAGGACAAUUAUCCAAGCAGAAAACACUGUCUUGAGACAGGAGAAUGCUGAGGUCAAGGCUAAAAAUGCUGCUCUAAAGACCGAAAAUGCAGUCCUUACAAAACAAAAGGGCAGGUCUAGCUCUGAUCAACCAGCACGCGCCCUCAGCAGUGCUCUGUCUAUUACCACACCUAGUGGCUCUGAGAAUGCCGGCAUUAAGAAAGAGAAAGAUGAUACAUCCACUUCGGCCGAAGCAAUCCUCAAUGGAAUACAGCCAAUGGCUGCCGUGCCAGCACAGCGCAAAACACAAUUCCAUACCCCUUCAGGAGGAAACAAAAAGAAAAGGCCAACCAUUGCACCCACGGCUCCUAGACGUCAGUCUCGCAUUUCAUCUAGAUUUUUCGAUCCGCAGCCAACUCCAAGUCCUUCGCUUUCUGUGAUCACGAAUCAACAAGACAGCACAACCUGGACCGUCAACCAGUCUGUAGAUACCUUUAUGUCACAGUCGAGAGUUCACAGAAGAAAGAGACGUAGAGGUGAGUAA